AUGGCCUUUUCGCAACACUGUGGUUGGGAUGCAGAUAUUCUGUUUGUUUUGGAAGUUGAAAAAAGACCUUGUCUUUACGAUAUGAGAAUUAAAGAAUAUCGCAAUCAAAACUUCAGGCAAAUGGCAUGGAAAGAAAUUAGCGAAAUUUUAAAUAUCCCGGAAGCCGCUUGUCCUGCAAAAUGGAAGUCCAUAAGAGACAAAUACCUCCGAAUUUAUAAAAAAAGUGGAUCUGGAGCAGACGUUAUAAUAGAAGAUCCCACAUGGAUUGUCAGCAAAUAUUUGAGUUUCCUCAAUCCUUGUUUAAAACCAAAAAGGACUACAGGAAACUUUAGUGAGUUUGUAUUAAGAGAAACUCCUCAGACCUCCCAGUCGGAGACAUCAACGCAGGAGGACACCUACAUUGAAUCAGGAACAGUGCAGGACAUGUCUGAAACUAUCAUAAUGGAAACUCCAAGUUUGGAUACUUACAUUGAGUUAAAUCCGAUUGUCACCGACAGCGCAGAAAUAGCUUCACAGAGUUCCGAAAUGACAGAUUCUGCUACAACUUCAAGAGAUGCUGUUCCUGGAAAACGAAAACGUAUUCAGCAAAGCACUAUUGAAAAGGUUUUGGAAGCUUUAAAAGCACCAAUCAUUGUGCCUUCACAACAAUCAAACAUGGAGUCAGAUGCAGACAGGCUGUUUCUGUUAAGUCUGUUACCUGAUUUUAGGAGGAUUAAUCCACGCAUUAAAAAUAAUGUGAAAAUUGAAAUAAUUAAAUUAAUAGAUAAUGCACAAGAACAUUGA